GAGGAUUGAUUGAUUAUAAAGUACAGUGCUUCUCUCGCGAACUAGCCACUUGUGAGCUUCGUGCUACUACUUGUGAGCUAGCUAGUCCCAACUCCCAAGAGAUUAAGAUGGGGAGGCGUGGGAAGCUGGAGGUGAAGAGGAUCGUCGACGACGCUUCGCGGCGGGUGACCUUCUGCAAGCGGCGCGGCACGCUGCUGAAGAAGGCGCGUGGGCUAGCCGUGCUCUGCGACGACGACGUCAGCCUUGGCCUCGUCGUCUUUUCCAGUACCGGCAAGGUCGCCGGCGACUACUGCAGUCCGAAUACAAGCUGGAGUGAUCUCAUUCAGCGCUACGAGCGCGAGAGCACUCCCAGCACCCAGCUCCAGGUCCAGGACACAAACCAAGAUGGUGAUCAUCAUCAGCAACUGUUGGCGGAGGUGGCAAGGUUGAGGCAAGAGAUCGACCAUCUCGAGGGCAGCCUGAGGAGGCAGACCGGAGAAGAAGACCUGUUGUCAUCCGGCGUUACCGCGGCGGAGCUCCACGAUCUGCAGCACCACGUCGGGUCGGCACUGGGAAAAGUCCGUCAUAGAAAGGUGCACCUCCUGGAAGAAGAGAUGCUACUGGCCACGGCGGCGUUCCUGGAGGUGGAGGUGGACAUGGACAUGGAGGCGUCGACGUCACUGCAGCCGACGUUGCCAUAG